AUGUCACAACUCCCUGAAAACGUUGAAUUGUUACGCACUCGAGUGAUUGUGGAACGCGACCGAGUGACUAGUGUCAGCGGCAGUGAUUAUCCUCAUCAAUAUCCUGGCUUGAAUCUCGAAUGGAAUCUGGAGCAAUUCAAAAAGAACUUUAAACUCAAGAUCAACCAAGUCACAGACACAGACAUUGAAUUCGAUCUCGUCGGUGUCGAUGCUUCCAUCGCGAACGCUUUCCGUCGAAUCCUCAUUGCUGAGGUGCCUACCAUGGCCAUUGAAAAAGUGUACAUCAUGAACAACACAUCGAUUAUUCAGGAUGAAGUGCUGGCACACCGUUUAGGCUUGAUCCCUAUCAAAGCCGAUCCUCAACAUUUCGAAUAUAAGUCUGACGAAGAGGGACCGACCGAUUUGAACACGAUUGUAUUCAAGCUGAAGAAAAAAUGUGAACGUAAUCCCGAUGCUUCUCCCGAUGAGACGGAUCCUGCCGUUAAAUACAUCAAUUCCGCAGUAUAUUCCGGAGAUUUGGUAUGGGAACCCAAGGGUGACCAGGCCGAGCGAUUCAAGGAAGCGCCAAUUCGACCUGUUCUCGAUGAUAUUUUGAUUGCCAAACUUCGACCGGGACAGGAAGUCGAUAUGGAAUUACAUUGCCACAAGGGUGUUGGUCAAGAACACGCUAAAUGGUCGCCUGUCGGUACAGCUUCUUACCGCAUUUUGCCGGAAAUCACCAUUUUGAAACCCAUCACCGGUGACGAUGCUUACAAAUUCCAGAAAUGCUUCCCCGAAGGCGUUGUGGACGUGGUUGAGGAAAAUGGAGAAAAAAUAGCCAAGGUCGUGAAUGCGCGCAAGGAUACCGUCAGCAGAGAAGUGCUUCGACAUAAAGAAUUUGAGAACAAAGUUCGACUGACCCGCGUGCGAGAUCAUUUUAUCUUCAAAGUGGAAUCCACAGGCAUUUAUCCCCCUGAAGAAUUAUUCGGUCUUGCAGUCAAUGUGUUGAUGGAAAAAAUCAAGGCAAUCCAACCUGCACUUGAACGUGCAACUUCCAACGAAAUCGCAUAA